CAAAGUUCUAUUAACUAGGACUUGAACCACGAGACUGAUCGCGUCCCUUUUCAAUGGACCGGAUGGCCCCAGAAGUAGUACCAUUUCUCUUUCUUGAAUAUCUGUUUCGCUGUACCUUACCACUACCUUCCACCCUUCGCGAACAGCUCCAAUAUGGCGACCUCUCCGGCACCUGAGAAGGUCGAAUCCGACGGCCACGAACAACACGAGACCAAAUCUGGCGCCGGAAGUGUUCGGGCCGUCAGCAGAACUACUACUCAUGAUGGUGAAGAUAUCUUGGGUCUGCAAGACCUCGACCGAGCUCUCAAUAGGAAGAUGCAUUUGGUCAACAACGCCAUUGACGAGAUAGGAUGGACACCCUACCACACCAAGCUCUUCAUCCUCAACGGUUUUGGGUGCGUGAGCCGACUCCAUUUCCACAACCCCAUGAACUUACCACAUUGGCCAGAUAUGCCGUCGACUCCCUCGUCCUCCUCCUCCAAGGCGUCAUCGCCGGUCCAGCUUUCCGCGAGUUUGGAGAACAUGGAUACAACAACGCCAUGACCAUUGCUGGCUAUGUCGGCAUGCUCAUCGGAGCUUUGUUCUGGGGCUUGGGUGCUGACAUCAUUGGCCGCCGGUUCGCCUUCAACGUCUCCCUCCUACUGUGCUCGAUCUCCGUCAUCAUUGCUGGGGCCAUGCCGAACUGGCCAUCUCUGGGCUUGUGGAUCGCGCUUAUCGGGUUCGGUGCGGGAGGAAACCUGGUCUUGGAUACGACCGUCUUUUUGGAAUAUCUGCCUGGGAACAAGCAGUGGGUGCUUACUCUGAUGGCUGGGUGGUGGGGAUUGGGCCAGGCUGUCACUGGAUUUGUGGCAUGGGGUUUUCUAGUCCCCGAGAAAUGGAACUGCCCAUCAGUCGAUGUCUGCACGAGGCAAAACAACAUGGGGUGGAGAUAUGUCAUGUUCACCAGCGGCGCCCUUGUCUUCGUCAUGUCCAUCCUCCGAGUCACCGUCAUUCGCCUAAGAGAGACGCCGAAAUAUCUUCUUGCUUUGGGUGAAGAUGCCCAGGUUGUCGAAACCUUCCAGUUCCUGGCGUCAAAGUACAACCGACACUGCUCUCUGACCGUCGACAAGCUCGAUGCAUGUGGUGUCGUGUUGGGUACUCACAGCAAGAACCGCUUUUCCUUUGCAGAGACGCUUGUACAUCUUCGGGGACUGUUCUCGACGCCCAAGAUAGCCCUUUCGACUUCACUGAUAUGGGUGUCAUGGGCCAUGAUGGGCUUAGCUUACCCUCUGUUCUACGUCUUCCUACCAAGCUAUCUCGCCUCUCGCGGAGCGAACCUGAACGUCUCGCCCUUUGAAACCUGGCGCAAUUACACUCUCACCAACAUCAGUUCCAUCUUUGGACCCUUGCUGGCGGGUUGGAUGUGUAACAUACCUUUCCUCGGACGGCGAUACACGAUGCUCAUCGGCACACUGAUGACAGCUGCCUUCUUCUUCGCCUACACAUCCGUCCGCAACGGUGCCCAAGAUGUCGGCUUCUCUUGCUCUAUUGCUUUCUGCCUCAACAUCUACUAUGGCACCCUGUAUGCCUACACACCAGAGGUUCUCCCCAGUGCCCACCGAGCGACGGGAAACGGAGUGGCAGUGGCUUGCAACCGUGUCAUGGGAAUCCUCUCGGCUGUUAUUGCCACUGUGUCGAACACUUCGACUAGUGCGCCCCUCUACAUCUGCGGAGCGUUACUUGUGGCGAUGGGGGUUCUGAGCGCCUUCUUUCCCUUUGAGCCUUAUGGCCGCAGGAGUUCGUGAAAUCGAGUCUUGUGGCACUUGUCUCUCCAGCCUACUAAGGGUUCACUACGGCAAGGGGCGGGAGUAGUCUGGAACAAAUAGUUAUAUUCCAAUGUUCGCCGUCGCUGUUUUCGUCUUCCUAUACCAUACAUGACCAGUGCACCUCCAUGUGACAAAGCUGAGAUCCAUAAAACAAGAAACAAAUCCGCUAACUUCUUCCCUUGACCGUCUUUUCUCCGGACUCGAUACCUCAAACCACGGCAAUCAGUCAGAUACCCCGUCCAACCAUUUCGUUCAUGAAUCAAAAACCCCGAUUUGAAAUAGAAAGAAACAUCCGGGCGCCUGUAGUCACGGAGCCCUGGCUGUGGAAACUAUACUACCAACACGCUCAACCUUUUGUGGUAAAGUACACAACUGCACAACUAGAAAUCAAAAACACAACGA